AUGCCAAAUGUAUUAGUUUUAGGAUCAGGACUCAUCGGAUUUGAUGUUGCACUUGCAUUUGUAGCCAAGGGUUACAAGGUUUAUACUACAACUAGAUCACAAUCUAAAGCUGACCGUCUCAAUCAAUUAGAGAUCCAACCAAUCAUUGUAAAUACUAUUCAAGAAACUGGUAAAUGGGAAUCAAUUGCUAGAAAGGCCGAUAUUAUUGUAGAGGCACUUGCUGAUUACUCUGACCGUCAAACAGCACAUAUUGUAGCAGACCUACUCACCAAGAUCAAGCAAAAGAGGGAAUUGGCAGUUCACAUUGUCUACACAUCUGGCAUUUGGAUUUGGGGUGCCUCUCAAGUUGAACCAAUCGAAGAGAGUACACCAAUCCUUCAAAACACAUUCACAAGAGGUAGACUUGACGUUCAAGAUAAAUACCUCAAGAUUGGUGGAUCGGUCAUUCUCCCCUCAUUGGUGUAUGGUCGUGAUGGUGGUCUCUCCAAUGACUACUUUAAACAAGUGUUGGCUCAAAAGGGUGUUACAUUCUUUGGCACCGAAGACACUUGGACUCCCUUUGUUCAUGCAUCUGACUUGGCCCAACUCUACGUACUUGUUGCUGAAUCACCUCGACUCACCACCGGUCAAAUUUAUGUUGGUUCCGUUACCAAUGAAAAGCGAUCAGACAUUAUCAACGCCAUAGCCAACAGUCUCGGUCUCCCCAAACCAGCCAUCACCUAUGUCCAAGGCUCAACCGACUAUGAAAAGUGUCUUGGUCUCUCUCAAAAGUUCUCUAAUCGUAAAGGCAAGCAACUCGGUUGGAACCCAGUACAACCAUCAAUCAGCGAUGAUCCCAAACGUUAUCUCGAUUCUUUCCAAGCUUUCUCUAAAUCAAACUAA